GCGCCGCCCGAGCGCCCGUCCGCGGGGGGGCACGGCGCCUCUGCGGCGCAGUCCGCGGUCGUCGACGCCCGCGGGUCGGUGGAGACGCCGAGCGGCCGGCCCCGCGACGGCGUGGUCGCCGUGCCGCGAGGCGCCGCGGGCCGCGCGCACCUCGCCGCGGCCGUCGCCGACCCCGCGCGCGGGGGCGACCCGGGGGCGGGCGAGAGCGGCGCCAAGGGCCCCGAGUCCGAGGCCGUCGAGGCGGGCGCGGAGCCGCGGUCGCCGCGGCCGAGGGCUCGCUGCUCGUCGCGCGAGCGCGGCCGUGCCGCCUGGGGCGGUUACAACAGCUGCGAUCCGUGGAACAUGUCGCUGACAGCAGAAGAGCUCAGGCAGUGCCUUCGCGAGGCGGAGGCGCAGGCUGAGGCGCAG